AGACUUUCCAUAUCCUCCAAAUUUUGUACACUCCGGAGCCAAUCUCACAAGCUCUUCGACAACAAUGAUAUCUUCUUCAGUAGUUCAGCUGUGAUGUCUUUAUCAAAAAAAAAACGCCCUUCCACUGUUAUUUGUCUUGUAGGCGCGUCUUGAUUUUUGACAGGUGGACUGCUUAUGCUGGUUUACAUGCAUCGCUGUUUACCGGCCGGUCUCUUGGCCAUCAGCUCUCCAUCAUACAGCUCAGAAAGUAUCUUUUCGAGACCAGAGGACAAGCUCAGCAAUAUGCAAGUCAGCUAAAUCAACUAAUAUCUACCAACUCUUGCUUGCAUCACGCGCUUUUGCAUGCAGUGUUUUCCUGGAACGCGUUUUGCCUAUAUUGGUUCGUUCCAUUAUAACCUUAUAUAUUUCACCCCUAAAAAAACUGAAAAACCUUAUAUAUACAGAAGUAUUUUUCUUAUUGCAUCAUUAUAGCCUUUGUUCUUCAGGAUUUAGGAAGAGUCAUCAGGAGUUCAGGACCUGUAAGGUUCGAGCCAAGCUUUGGGGAGGAGAAGAGCUCUUUGCAAUCGGUUGGCCAGAGAUAGGUCUUGGAGGUCAUCACCGACAUCGAUGGCAAGCUCCUGCCGCUGAGGUGGCUGGGAGAUCAGCCCACCUGAACUUUAUGGCUCUCGAGUUGUGAAAACCACUGUGAAGCCGUUUGAUUUUCCAUCCGACAUAGGUUUUCUCUAGUUAAGUGGCCACUGUGAAGACUGUGUGAUUGUAUUUGGAAAAGCCUUUUACAGUCCUUGGGAUGUAGCAAGAGGUACAAUCAAAUUAUAAUCCAAGAGGCAUAAUAAAAUGGGACUUCCAGAAGAUAUGCAUUGACCUUGAGCGCUCACACCAGAUCAUGACAUGGAAGGGUGGACAGUAGACAGCAAUCACAAUAUUAAGACUUUCACAGAAGAUGAGAUUAAAACAAUCACUAGCAACUACAGCACUCUUAUUGGGAAAGGUGGCUUUGGAGAAGUCUACAAAGGGAUCCUUGGUGAUGACUACGAACUCGUUGCAGUUAAGAGAUAUAUCCGCAAAGAGUUGAGAGAAGAGUUUAUGGAAGAAGUAGGCAUUGAUAGACAAAUGAGCCACAAAAACGUGGUGAAGCUCAUAGGGUACUGUAUUGGAGAAAGUACUCUAACGCUGGUAACAGAGUAUAUCUCCAAAGGAAACCUCGAUGACAUACUCCACAACAGUAGUAUUUCCAUUCCUCUGGAGAUAAGAUUGGGUAUUGCUAUAGGGUGUGCAGAAGCAUUGAGCUACAUGCAUUCGAUGCAUCUAUCAAGUGACAGCCUUGUAUACCAUGGUGAUAUUAAACCUGCCAACAUACUUUUAGAUGAAAAUCUUACAGCAAAAGUUUCAGAUUUUGGACUGGCAAGGCUUCUUUUAGGAGGCAUCUCUCGGUACACUAGCAAUGUAAAAGGAAGUAUAGAUUACAUGGAUCCUAUACAUCUUCGGGAAGGACGUCUUACUCCAAAGAGUGAUGUUUAUAGUUUUGGAGCUGUUCUCUUGGAAAUAAUUGCUGGGAAAAGGAUAAGACAGGGAAACUCUAGCCUCAUACCAUCUUUCAGUAAUGCCUGCGGUAAAAGCGAAUCGGUGAGGAAGCUUUUUGAUGCAGAAAUAGCCUGUAAGGCCAAUAUGACGAUCCUUGAGGAAAUAGGCAAGCUGGCUACUGAAUGCCUGACACUGGACAUUCAUAAACGUCCUAGAAUUAGUGAUGUUGCUAAACGCCUUUUGAUUAUGUGGAAAGCUCUGCAGGGAGGACAAGAAAAAAGGGAAAUCCUUUUGAGGACACAAAACGUUGGCUCAAGCAGCUUCAACUGUACCAGCUCAGUUGAGCACCGCAGAAAGAUGAGUUUGGGUAUCUUCGAGACGGAUGUCGUCGAUCCUGAGAUACUGACAAAGCUUGGCAGCAAGAGAUUUUUUACAGUGGCGGAACUAUAUGAAAUCACGAAGAACUUCUCAAAUCUAGUCGGUGAAGGUUGGUUAGCUGAGGUGUACAAAGGUACUCUUGAGGACAACACGUUGGUGGCAGUGAAGAAAUCUCUUCAGUUAUAUGAGGAGCAUAGACAACAUUUGGUUAACGAUGCGCUGAUCCAUGCUCAACUCACCCACAACAGUAUCAUCAAACUUUUGGGCUUUUGCCUGGAGUUUGAUGUUCCAAUUUUUAUAUAUGAGUAUGCUGCCAAUGGUACUCUCGCAGACCUCCUGAAUGGUACCAAAUGUUUUCCCCUCGAACUGCGAUUGCAGAUUGCGAUCAGAACGGCAAAAGCAUUAGCAUACAUGCACUCGUCUGAUUCUGGUUGCAUCAGACAUGGUAGUGUCAGCCCUUCGAAUAUCCUUCUAGAUGAUGACUUCAUGCCCAAGGUCUCCGGCUUUUCACUCUCAAGGAGGCUUACCAAGGACUACGAUUCAGGCACUAUUGUAGUUUACAGACAUUACAGCGACCCAAACUUUGUGCAGACUGGGCUUCUUACGGUAAAAAGUGAUGUGUACAGCUUCGGGAUUAUUCUUUUGGAGCUCAUCACCAGGAAGAUAUCUGUAUACGAUAAAGAUUGUAGAGUUAUGGACCUUGUGACCAAAUACAACGUAGCUUAUCAUUCAGACAACAGAGGAGUAGCGAUGUUUGAUAAGGAUAUCAAGGCUGCAGAAGAUAUCAUCCUGUUUGAAGGGAUCGGGAGGCUAGCAACUGAGUGCACCAAACUGGAAUCUGAUGAGAGACCAACAAUGAAAGAGGUGGCAGAACGCCUCGAGAUGCUUAGAGCAUCUUGGAACAAGGUGAGCCAAGGGGGGUAGCUACUAGCUUCACAAUGCAAGUUGCUCCCUUUGGAACCCGGUACUAUGGCUGUACUAUGCUUGACCCCAAUGGAAGGAGGCCAGCAACAUGUUUCAAGAGAUGGUGUUCAUGCCGGAUCCCUCUCUGAACUCAGCACACAAACUCUCAAACUGUCUAAUUUUUUCUUUCUGGAUUUGUGUAGCCGCUAUUCCUAGCUGUGUCCUGCAGGACGUUGCAGAUCAGUUCUAUUCUUCAGAAGCUAAGCAUUUGGUUAGGUUCCCUAAUAAUUGAUCCAUGCAUCCGUCAACUUCUCUGGUAGAAAUUUUUUUUGAUCUAUUUGAGGCUUUGAGUUUGUGUAAUCUUUGACUCAUCAAUUUAUACGCAGAUUAUUUAAUCAAAAAUUGGUUUCAGUAA